CCAAACCCUAAAUCACAAUAAAUAAACAAAAAUAAGCCAAAAUAAUAAAAAAGAAGAAAAUAAAUAAAUCGGGAAACCCAUUUGUUUGUUUAUUGUAAUGGGAGGGGUGAAAUUCGUGGCCGCGGUGAUAUGUAUGGUGGCGGCGGCUACGGUGGUGGUUCAAGCUGAGGACCCUUAUUUCCACCACGUGUGGAACGUGACGUACGGAACAGCCUCCCCUCUCGGAGUUCCACAACAAGUCAUUCUCAUCAACGGCCAGUUCCCCGGCCCCAACAUCAACUCCACUUCCAACAACAACAUCAUCAUCAAUGUCUUCAACAACCUCGACGAACCCUUUCUCUUGACCUGGAAUGGGAUCCAACAUAGGAAGAACUCGUGGCAAGAUGGGACAGCGGGCACGAUGUGUCCGAUCCCACCGGGCUCGAACUUCACUUACCAUUUUCAACCAAAGGAUCAGAUCGGAAGCUACUUCUAUUACCCGACCACGGCCAUGCACCGAGCCGCCGGUGGCUUCGGUGGCCUCCGAGUCAACAGCCGUCUCCUCAUCCCCGUCCCUUACGCCGACCCAGAGGACGAUUACACCGUCCUUAUCGGCGACUGGUACGCUAAGUCCCACACCGCCUUGAAGAAGUUCCUCGACAGCGGCCGCUCCCUCGGCCGGCCCGACGGUAUCCUCAUCAACGGAAAGUCCGGCAAAGGGUCGUCCGGCUCCGAUGCCCCGCUCUUCACCAUGAAGCCCGGCAAGACAUACCGUGUCAGGAUCUGUAACGUCGGGAUCAAGACAUCUCUCAAUUUCAGAAUCCAGAACCAUAAGAUGAAGCUUGUCGAGAUGGAAGGAUCGCACGUUCUCCAGAAUGACUACGACUCUCUCGACGUCCAUGUCGGGCAAUGCUACGGAACCAUCGUGACCGCGGACCAAGAUCCUAAAGAUUACCUCAUGGUUGCUUCUUCGAGGUUCUUGAAGUCAGUCAUCAGUACCACCGGUGUUCUCCGGUACGACGGUGGGAAAGGCCCGGCCUCGUCGGAGAUCCCGGCUGCUCCGGUCGGGUGGGCGUGGUCGUUGAACCAGUUCAGGUCAUUCAGGUGGAACCUGACGGCGAGCGCGGCCAGGCCGAACCCUCAGGGGUCAUACCACUAUGGGAAGAUCAACAUCACUAGGACCAUCAAAUUCGUCAACACCCAGGGAAAGGCCGAUGGUAAGCUCAGGUAUGCGUUGAGCGGCGUCUCUCACACCGACCCAGAGACACCGGUGAAGCUGGCGGAGUACUUUGGAAUGGCCGACAAGGUGUUCAAGUAUAACAUCAUCUCCGACAGCCCCACCUCCGACCAGACCAAGACCAUCAAGAUCGAACCCAACAUCCUCAAUGUCACUCACCGCACUUUCGUCGAGGUCAUCUUCGAGAACCACGAGAGGAGCGUCCAGUCCUGGCACAUCGAUGGUUACGCUUUCUUCGCCGUCGCGGUGGAGCCGGGGACGUGGACCCCAGAGAAGAGGGAGAACUACAACCUGCUGGACGCGGUGAGCAGGCACACGGUGCAGGUGUUUCCGAAAUGCUGGGCGGCGGUCUUGCUGUCAUUCGACAACUGCGGAAUGUGGAAUGUCCGGUCGGAGAAUAUGGAGAGGCGAUACCUGGGGCAACAGCUUUACCUAAGCGUUCUCUCCCCCGAGUCUUCCCUCAGAGACGAAUACAACAUGCCUCAGAACAGCCUCCAGUGCGGUCUCGUCAAGGGCUUGCCCAAACCUCAGCCUUAUGCCUGAGCCUAAUUCAUUUUAUUAAUUACCCCAAAAUUAUUACAAAAAACAACGACGUUAAACUAAGCAAAAAGAGGAUACAACGAGUCUUCUUUUUUUUUUUUUGUUCUUUUAAUUUUGAUCUUUGAUUAUUUUGUAUUUUGGAUCUUAUUUAAAGUUAU